UUGUUAAGUCAAUAGGAUUGGGUUUUGGGUGAAGCGUGAAGACCCUAGCUAAGAAUUUAGGGGGUGUCGGGUGCAAUAGACAGACGCACCAUUGAUGCACCAAUCAGUUUAGUGUGAAAGAUGAAUACUCUUCUAGUAGUUCCUUCACCUCUAUCUCUACGCACCUGCUCCCUCCCAAUUUCACGCUUUCUUUAUUGUAGAAAAAAUAAUAAUGCUCCACCUAACUCCCCAUUAUUUCCAUCUAAGUCACUAUCAUCAACUCUCCCCAUGGCUUCUUCCCCUUCUCAGAAUGUAUCAUCAUCAUCAUCUGGUGAUAUCUUCCAGUUGAUUCAAGCUCAUCAGGAAAAGGCUGCUAGGCUAUCUCCUAUUGAACAAAUUAGAACAGUUCUUGAUUGUAGCCUCCGUGGUGUGCUUUCUACCUUCUCUCAGAAGUAUGAGGGCUAUCCUUCAGCUUCCAUGGUUGAUUUUGCAUGCGAUGCCUAUGGAUCUCCAAUAUUAGCCGUUAGCGACUUGGCAGUUCACACCAAGGACCUCUUAGCUACUUCCAGAUGUUCAUUGCUUGUUGCAAGAGAUCCUGAAGAUAGGACUGACUUAGUAAUAACAGUGCAUGGUGAUGCUAUUCCUUUACCGGAAAGAGAGAAAGAAAAUAUUCGGGCCACAUAUUUGGCUAGGCAUCCUGAGGCAUUUUGGGUUGACUUCGGUGACUUCCAAUUCAUGCGCAUUGAACCCAGAAUUGUACGUUACGUAUCAGGCGUUGCAACUGCUAUAUUGGGAUCUGGAGAAUUUAGCAAAGAGGAGUUUAGAACAGCAAAUAUAGAUCCAAUAUACCAAUUUUCGAAGCCAAUCACGUCACACAUGAAUAAAGAUCAUGCCGAGGAUACCAAGCUGAUUGUGCGGCACUCAACAUCAGUUCCGGUGGACUUUUCUUACAUGUUGGAUAUAGACAGUCUUGGUUUUAAUGUCAAGGCUGGCUACCAAGAGAACAAUUUCAAGCUUCGAGUUCCAUUCCCUAGACGUGCUGUAGACAGAAAGGACGUGAAGACACUUAUUGUUGAAAUGCUUCAGGCUGCCAGGACUUAGGCUCAUUGGUUAACCUUUAUAAGUUACCAUUCCAACUUCAUAUUGGUGUGAGAGUUCUAUAUCAUGUAAAUAUUAAAAACACAGGGUUCUGUGGAAUGCUUGUUUCGCAAUGAGAUUUCCAGAUUCAUAAGCAUAUAUAAAUGUAAUCUGAUAGCAAACCAGCCAUUUUUAGUGAUCACCAUCUGGCUUUGGUGAAAUUUCUCAAAUUUCAUACAAUGCAAUCUUGCCUAUAUUACAUAUCAUAA